AAAUCACAGGGAACUUUUUCCCCUCUGAUAAUCAAAGCCCAUGGGGCCCCUCAUAGAGGGCCAUCGUGACACUAGCUAUGCUCUCUGUUUGACUUUAUCUGAAUUUUCUUUUUUUUUGUCAGAGCUUUCAUGUGACUUCUGGUAACCUAGAGCAUGUGAAAGGCAUACGCAUUUCUUGGAGGAAAUCUAAACACUGUGAUUGGCUCUAUCUUGUAUUGCGCUAGUGAGCAAGGAGCGUUAGUUUUUUAACAUGUCAGGGAACUGGAAAAGGAAGUCAUUAUAGAACAGUAAACAUUGGACUCGCACACUAAUAGUCCUAUGCUUAAUGUGGAGGCGGGGCCACUUAGUCAGCUCUGUCAUGGAGCCCUCUCAUUGUAAAUCACACUGCCAUAUUUAGUCUGUUGGAGGGAAGGCUUCCAAGUUAUGUUAACAAAGCAAGUUCACGAGGGGAGAUGUUCCAGUGCUAUGAUGCCUGGGUCCGUUAAUGUGUCUGUGAUCUCUGAAGCAAGGCUGGAUUUCUCAGAUCUAGUGAAGGGUGAGGGAUGUAGACCCACGCCCUGUGGUUAGCGAGUUGAGAAAGCAGUGUUACUGACCGACCCAUGCCACAACCAGACACUUGUUUUGUCAAAGGCAGACAGUUGUGAAGACAGGAACUCUGCUGUCAUGAAUGACAUUUUCUCUGAGAGUUCUGAAGAGGAGAGACCUCUGAGGCCUUCUUAUCUCAAGCUGAAGCCAAAGGGAAACUCUCCCACCCGCUCCCCCAAAAUAUCUCCUCGUGAUUCUCCUCGGAGUUCUCCCCGCAAUUCCCCUCUGCUUUUCCGGAGGUUGAUGGUGAACCGCAGCAUUGCUUUGCAAAGGCGCUUUACUUUGGCUCACACUCCCAGUUUCGAUGUCGAGAAUGGGCUGUCAGUGGGCCGCAGUCCUCUGGAAUCGCAGGCCAGUCCAGGCUCUGGCCUUGUGCUGCAGGCCAAUUUCCCUCACAGUCAGCGGCGGGAGUCCUUCCUGUAUCGCUCCGAUUCCGACUUCGACCUUUCACCCAAGGCAAUGUCCCGAAACUCAUCCACGGCCAGCGAACUGGAAGAGAGUUUGAAGCACUGGGAAGUCAACUGGCUGACUCGACAUGGAGAAGACAUGAUAGUUACACCAUUUGCACAGGUCCUUUCCAGCUUGAGGACUGUGCGGGGAAACUUUGCCAUUUUGACCCAUCAGCAAGACCGUAUGCCGAGCAAGAGGUCUUCUGGAAACAACCCACCAUCCAUGUGCAAGACAAGUGUACCAGAGGAGCCCUUCCAGAAGUUGGCAGUGGAGACACUGGAUGAGCUGGACUGGUGUCUCGAGCAGCUCGAGACUCUGAAGACACGCCACUCAGUCAGUGAGAUGGCAUCCAACAAGUUCAAAAGGAUGCUGAAUCGAGAGCUAACACAGCUGUCAGAGACAAGCAAGUCAGGAAAUCAGGUCUCAGAGUUCAUCUCCAGCACUUUCUUAGAGAAGCAACAUGAUAUGGAGAUCAUGUCCCCCCAAACCAAGGAGAAGGAGAAAAAGAAGCGGCCCAUGUCUCAGAUCAGUGGAGUGAAGAAACCUACACACAGCUCCAGCCUCGCAGCAUCCAGCAUCCCACGCUUUGGUGUCAGCACUGACCAGGAAGAUCUGCUGGCCAAGGAAUUAGAGGAGUUUGACAGAUGGGGUGUGGAUAUUUUCAAGAUAUCAGAGUAUUCUGGCAACCGACCAUUGACUGUAGCAAUGUACACAAUCUUCCAGGAAAGAGAGCUGUUGAAAUCCUUUAAAAUUCCCAUCGACACAUUCAUCACCUACAUGAUGGCACUGGAGGAAAACUACCACUCCGAUGUUGCAUACCAUAAUAACAUGCAUGCAGCUGACGUGGUUCAGUCCACUCAUGUACUCCUGUCCACCCCUGCACUGGAGGCUGUAUUCACUGACCUUGAGAUCUUGGCUGCAAUGUUUGCCAGUGCAAUACAUGAUGUGGACCACCCUGGAGUGUCCAAUCAGUUCCUCAUCAACACAAACUCAGAGUUGGCUCUCAUGUACAACGAUUCCUCUGUUCUGGAGAACCACCACCUGGCUGUUGGCUUCAAACUGCUGCAGGAAGAAAACUGUGACAUUUUCCAGAACUUGACCAAGAAACAGAGACAGUCGCUACGCAAAAUGGUCAUUGACAUGGUCCUAGCCACUGAUAUGUCAAAGCAUAUGAACCUGUUAGCAGAUCUCAAGACCAUGGUAGAGACUAAGAAGGUGACAAGUCUGGGUGUGCUGCUGUUGGACAACUAUUCUGAUCGCAUACAGGUUCUACAGAACAUGGUGCAUUGUGCUGACCUGAGCAACCCAACAAAGCCCCUGGAGCUGUAUCAUCAGUGGACAGAUCGCAUCAUGGUGGAGUUUUUUACUCAGGGGGACCGAGAGAGAGACAAGGGCAUGGAGAUCAGCCCCAUGUGUGACAAACACAAUGCUUCCAUUGAGAAAUCACAGGUGGGCUUCAUUGACUACAUUGUGCACCCACUAUGGGAGACCUGGGCGGACCUGGUUCAUCCUGAUGCCCAGGAGAUUCUUGACACAUUGGAGGACAAUCGUGAGUGGUACCAGAGCAUGAUCCCUCACAGUCCCACUGCCACCCCAGAGGAGAAGAGCAGUGUAGCCGGACUGGGAGUGGUGGGUGGAGGCAUUGCCUCAGCAGGGGAGAAAUUUCAGUUUGAACUAACCUUGGAGGAGGAAGGGGAGUCAGAUGUUGAGAGUCCUGAAGAUGAAGGGUUCAGUGCCACUGCACAAGAUUCCUCCAGGACAGAUCCAUCUUCUGCUUCCUGCACACAGCACUCAAACCUGACCGCUCGGUCCCCUGGCUGCAGGACAUUGUCCUUUGGGAUGGCCGAGCUGCUGGACAGUGAAGAUGAAGACAGAGAACUUGACCAAGAAGGGAAAAAUGUGUCGUGUUUGAGUCUGGGAACAUAACACCAUUGCACUUUUUUAGCUUUUUUUUCUUUCGUACCUCUUCUUCAUCACCUCCAUGUCCCUCUCCAUACCAUUCUUAGCUUCCUCUGGCAGAGGCAACAGAGAGCAGGAGAGCAACUGAGGGACAGGAAAGCAUCCACGGGACAUGUUUUUAUACAGUAGUCACCUUGCACUGGAGAGAGCUCCUACACUACAGUCUGUAAAGACAUGACGUUUUCUUAAAACAUGUUUUUGUAAUUCUCAGUCUGGUGACUUCUGGAUGCUGUCUGGCUUUACUGUCAUGCAGUCUAUACUGCAGCGUAAAACUGCCUGUGUUACGGACUGAGAGGGAAUAUACUUAAUAUAAGUGUCUUCCUGUGACAUCUGAGGUUUAAAGUAAUGAACAAGUGGACUUUUGAGAGUUUAUACUGGUUGUCUGAACAUUUUGAUAAACAGAACACUUAUGUUUUUUGUGUGCACUAAAAUGUUUUUUAAAAGAUACACUGUUAACUUAAAGCUGGUCUAUAUACCUGAACAAAAACAAACAACCUUAACAUUACAGAACAGCUCAGGAUACAAAGAAAUGAUUGCUUUCAUGUAGCAAAGGCAUUGAGGGUACCUACAUAGUGACCGCUGUCUUCCUUGAAUUCCUAUGAAAUCAUUAUACUGAAGUCGAGCCAAGAUUGUGAUCUUUUGUAUUUGUAUGUGGCGCCACCUAGUGCUUAAUAGUGGAACUACAACCACCUUUACAGGAUUAGCCACGCCAGUUGAAAACCGUGGCUGUGUAUUAUGUUCCUUUGCACAGAUUAUAUUCAUUUCUUUUGACUAUUACAAUUGAAACCGUUUUAACUUAAAAACCUUCUCACCCUUAUUUGUAGGAAUGCGUCUUUAAAUUAAGGCAUUCACAUGGUUUAUAUGCUUCUUGUUUAUUUAAUUUUUUUAAUCAGUUUCAUCCAAAGCAUGAUUGUAGGCAUUAUUUAAUUGUAUGUUGAAUUCUUUCACGAUUUUCAAACAGCUUGCUUGUGAUAUAAUAGGUAGCACUUUAGAAAUGUCUUCUUCAUUGCUAAACAUUUCUCUAUCAGUAAGGGCUGGAGUCGUUAUUAACUCAAAGUGCGGAAGACUAGAAUUCACCUCUGUCUGCGGGGUAACCAGCAUGUGUACAUGCCCUGUAACAUUUGCUGUUUUGUCUAUGGAAGACUGGGUUCUGAAACCCAUGCUAGCUAUCUGGAAAGUGAUCAUUGUCCUUAAACCACAUGUGUACUUUCUCUCUGUUUCUGUGCUGGUCACACUGAAAAUAUGAGACACUGAGGUAUCUUAUCAUGUUUUCACAUGUAUGAUAUCUAUAAAAGUGAACUGUUUUGUUAUAAAACGAGAGCUGUGCCAAUGCAAGAUGCACAGUUCAUGCCUAACUUAAAGUGUUGAACACAAAGCCAAAGUUUGUUUUCUGUGCCAGACCUUUUCUGUUCUUUCAUUUUUUGGUGAUUGAUCAAUGCUCUGCUCUUCACAGGGACACAGCCAAUGACCGUUCAAGUGCCAAGCAAGCAUGAUCCAUGCUGUACUAUAAUUUCCAUUUUGCCACUGGCUAAUUUCCAUCAAUUACAUCUACUAGCUACUGUCAGUAGCAUACCAGUUUGAUAAUUUUGUUCUUUCUUUCUUUCUUUCUUCAAAAAUUGUCAUUUUGUGGAGCUGAAACACUCAAUUUAAAAUUGUUCAUAAUUAACAACAGGUUUCAAAAGUCUUUCUGACUCAGUAAAAUGUGCUUAUUGUUACUCACAGAUAUUUGUGUCUCCUUUUUAUACUAUGGUAUGAAUUUUAAUAUUGGAUACAGCAGAUCUUUAUAUUUCUCUUAAAUAUAAGUGGAUUACAGUAAAUGGGGCUUUUAAUUGUUGGCUUUAUUUUCAUCUUACUCUCAGUUUGUACGUGUUACAGCAACUUGUAGCCAUUAAAGGUUUUCACUAACUUUAUCCACAUGGCAUACCCCUGUUUUGGUCUUUUUCUGUUGCAGAUCUGACAAUCCCAACUGUACUGUUCACCACUACAACGCUGUUACUAAUGUUGCUAUGAUUGUUUUCCUGUUCCCAAUGCCAAUAAAGAAAAAAUAUAACUA